GCGCGAGCAGUCAUUACUGGCUACAACGCCCUGCCCUCCGGCCAGACCAGGCCGAUGCUCCUCAGCUCAGCUCCAGACCAUCCAGGGAGCCAUGUUCUUCCUUCUAGUGCUGUUUACGGGUCUUAGUGGGCUGCAGGCCGGCCAGAGUCCUCAGAAAACCAUCCUGCAGACAACAAUUCCCGAAAAGAUUUCAUCAUCGGAUAUGGAAGAGGACCCUGACAAUCACAUUGCAUAUCUUAUUAAAAUAGCUGAAAAACCAUAUUUUGCCCAUCUUAAGAAACAAUCCGUUAUCGCUCCAACUGCGGUGCUUUACACUUACGACGAGCAUGGUGACCGACACACUCAACCUUUGUCCUUUCUGGAAAGUUGCACUUAUAGUGGAUACAUUGCCGGCUUUCCAAAUUCUCUUGUGACACUCAACGUUUGCUCUGGACUCAGGGGAACAAUACAAUUCCCAAAUUCCUCCUAUGGAAUUGAACCCGUGGAGGCCAUGUCAGGGUUUGUGCACGUGAUCUAUGAGAUCACAAACGAAGACCCGGGGAUUCCUGUCUUGGAAGAGAAUGAGGGGGACAAUUGGUAUAAAGUUUCAGAGUUUCAGUUUGGAAGCAAUUGGAAGAAAACUACAUUUACCAAGUUAUCACCACAGUACAUUGAGAUGGAUGUUGUCGUGGAUAAGAAGCUGUUUGCUUACAUGGGCUCUGAUGAUAAAAUUGUGACACAGAAAGUUAUCCAGGUUAUCGGCCUCGUUAACACCAUGUUCUCCAAGUUCAAACUGACUGUUAUAAUAAAUUCCAUUGAAAUCUGGUCAAAGGAAAACAUAAUUUCUCUCCCAAAGAGGCCUGCAGAUUUACUUAUUGCAUUUUUAAAUUGGAAAAAGAACCUUAAACUACAUAUUUCAUACUUAUUUGUCUUCGAGGAGCAGCCGGCUUCCAUCGGAGCCCUCUCUCCAGGGGAGGUAUGCAGAGAGGACUAUGAUGCUGCUGUUGCCCUGUACCCGAGAGGUUUGUCGCUGGAGUCGUACAGUGUCAUCGUCACACAGCUGCUGAGCCUUGGUAUGGGCUUAACUUACGACAAUACAGACACCUGCCAUUGUAUGGGAGAUGUUUGCCUGAUGACGCCCAAAGCAAUAUACUCUAGGGGUAUGAAGGAUUUCAGUACUUGUAGCUUGGAUCAAUUUAAAUCUUUGUCAAUGAGCAAAAACCUUGGAUGUCUCCGGGACUGGCCUAUGGAGAGAAGAACUCGCCGCCCGCCGAGACGAAUAUGUGGCAAUGGGAUAAUAGAAGGUCAAGAGCAAUGUGACUGUGGCACGUUGCAGAACUGUACACACAGAGCAUGCUGUGACCCUCUGCUAUGCCGAUUAAAACCCGGUGCUGUGUGUGGCUCUGGAGGCUGUUGUACACAAACUUGCAGGAUAAAACCAAUAAACGCACUUUGUAGAAAAAAGAACAGUGAGUGUGACUUCCCGGAGUACUGUAAUGGGACCCAUGCUGCUUGUGUACCCGACACCUUUGUACGUAAUGGGGAAUUUUGUAAAUCGGGUGAAGCCUUCUGUUACAAUGGGCAGUGCCGGAAUACUGACCAACAAUGCAUGAAUUUGCUUGGAAAAGGUGUGAGAGGGGCUCCCUUCUGGUGUUUUGAAGAGAUGAAUUCCAGAGGUGACAGAUUUGGCAACUGCAUUGAGCAUCAUUGUAGAUUGGAAAAUGUUUUGUGUGGGAAAUUAGUCUGUACGUGGCCAUACAAGACCUUAUUCCUUAGCGCCAAUAUAUCUGCGGUUUAUACACACACACGAGAAGACAUAUGUAUAUCUCUGUAUAGAAGUCAUGGGAUACCUAAGAAGACAAUGACAACAUAUACCUCCCUUACUGACAGAGAUGAGACAUUUGUAGAAGACGGAGUGAUCUGUGGCCCUGAAAUGUAUUGUAUGGGGACAGUGUGCAGGGAAAGAAGGUUUCUCACAGAUUUUUCGAUUUGCAACGUUUCUCGAGAUUGCUCUGAUCAUGGGACUUGCAACAAUUUUCAUCAUUGCCAUUGUGAUAAAGGAUAUGUCCCUCCCAACUGUGAAAGGAAAAGAGGACAGUUUGGAAGCAUUGAUGACGGACACCAGUAUAUUUCUGGUAGAAGCCUCAUGCAACCAUCUUCUGGUUUUCCUCCAAAACAGCGGCUUCAGCUCAUUUUCUAUAUAUCGCUACCUGCAGUUAUCAUUAUUACAGCUAUAAUUAUAAAGCAAAGUAAACUGAGGCAGCUAUGUUACAGAGAAGGAAGUGACAGCAGCAGAUCUUCAUCAGAGGACAGUAGGAAUAACACCAAGUUGACCACCACUGGAGUAAGCUCAGCCGAGGACCUGCCCGUCACACCAGACUCAAAAAGGAUUCUGACGGUCUUUGCCAUGAAGAAGCACUAAGACGGAGACAGCCCAGUCAGGAAUGCACUGCCAGGUCUUUAAUCCCUGUCUUCUCAGCGAGAUGGUCUUGGUAUCUGGGUUUAAGUACAUCUUUGUGGUCAUCUCUAAGAAACACACAUUCACCCUUUAAUAAAUAUGGUGACUACCUAUGAAA